UAUUUAUUUUGAGGAGUACUGAAUCUGUUUUGUGCAGGUGAGAGGAGUAAAUGUAUGUUGACAUUUAGUCUAGAACUACAGUAACAUGUUCACACAGCUCACACAACGCCUCUGCACUUAGUCCCAAAUUCUCUCAACAUGGCAACACAAACUGUAAGACAGUACAUGGAAAACAAAGUAACUGGAGUUACUUAUUUGAAAAAGUAACUCAGAUAUUUUCUAAAUUGAAUAGUAAUGCUUUACUUUAAUAGUUAACCUACUUAAAAAAGUAAUCUGUUCACCUAACCUGCAUUACUUGCAAUGCAUUACCCAAAACUCGUGAAUAGAAUUGUAUCGGUUGUAGCUGUUUUUGGAUAGUAUAAGAAUGUUUAAUUUUUAACCUGAAGAAUCUGGCAACAUUUAACAUUUUUGGGUUAACUGUCCCUUUAUUUUUUUUUUAACUGUUACUUUUAUUUUGUAUAUAUUUUCAGUGUUAUUUUAUAGCUCCAGUGAAGGUCAGUCCAGAUGGCUUUCAUGUCCAGACUGUCCCGGUCACGGAGUAAUUCCAGAUCUCCCAGCAGAAAGGAUUCAGAGAAAGGCUUUCCUGUAUUAACUGUUGCUGAACUUGAGCGUCUGCUGUACACUGGGAAAACCGCCUGUAAUCAUGCAGAUGAAGUGUGGCCGAGGCUUUACAUAGGUGACCAAGAAAUUGCCUCCAACCGCAAAGAACUCGUCAAACUCGGGAUCACGCACAUCCUCAACUGUGCUCAGAGCAAAUGGAGAGGCGGUGCAGAGUAUUAUGCUGGCAUGAAAAUCACAUAUCACGGCAUUGAAGCUCACGACUCGCCCUCUUUUGACAUGAGUGUCAACUUCUACCCAGCAGCCGAGUUCAUUCACAGAGCCCUUAGUACCGGAGGAACGGUUCUUGUGCAUUGUGCCGUUGGGCUGAGCAGAUCUGCUACAUUGGUUCUCGCCUACCUCAUGAUUCGCCAGAACAUGACUUUAGUAGAGGCCAUAAAGACUGUGAAGGACCACCGUGGCGUCACGCCAAACCGCGGUUUCCUACGGCAGCUCAGCGGUCUGGACAGCAUACUGCGCACCAGCCGCAAUGCAACAUAAAGCAUGUGUACUGCAGUAAAUGAGAGCAGUGUCUUUACAUACAGUGAGUUUAUUCCAGCUGUCCUCUUGUGGUCAGUAGAAAUGCCUUAUUACAUCAGGACCUCUAGAAAUGUGUGUAAUGCCUUAUUCAGUGUUAAAUAUCAUGUGACCACCCACUGAAAUGUUGC